CUUCAUCUUCUUCUUCAUCAAGAAAAAAAUGGCUGCACAUCCCUUGUUUCCCCGCUUCACACCCGAAUUCACCUACGACCCUCGACCCGGCUAUGUCUUCAUCGAACGAAACGCCAGAACUAAGUACGUUCUCCUGGAAAUAAUCGGAAUUAAUUACCUCCAACUGCUGCAUACAAACGACCACAACACUUCCGAUCUCAUUUACAAAGCUUGUUACUACACAUCCGAUUGGGUCGACAACGACAAUCUCCUUCCUUCCGGUUAUGCCACUAUCAAGUUCAUCCGAGGCGGACCAGAAGUCCUUAGGAGCAAGCUGGCGGAGGAACAACCAAUUCCUGAUCCAAACAUUAUUAACGUCGAAAAAUGGGGUAUUCAGAAAUACCAUGGAGGAUACUGUGUUGCAUUGCCUUAUAUGUCAGAAGGAUCGCUCCGUUACAUUCUGUCAACUCGAUUUCACAACGGAUUACCAGAGGAUUGUAUUGCUAUUGCUCUUAAACAAGCGCUUCGGGGUUUGUUUGUUCUUCAUAAUUUGGGUCUGAUUCAUAAGUGUUUCAGUGCUGGGAAUAUCUAUGUUAAUUUCAAAUCGAAUGUAGAAAUCAAAUUGGGAUUUGCAGCAACGAUUUACGAUUCAGAGUUGGAAUCUCCUCUUUUUGUUAGUCACGGAACAGAACUUGGCGUUGAUUCAACUGUUACCGAUCUACAAAAUGAUUCUCCUGGACAUCCGAAUCUAGAACUAGGCGAGUUGUACAGAUGGGCUGCUGCGCCGGAGGUGUUCUAUUCACCAUGUGAUGAUGCCCACACUGUUCAUUCCGAUAUCUGGUUAGUCGGUGUAGCAGCAUUGGAAUUAGCAUAUGGAAAUUUAAGAAUAAGCGAUCACGAAGAAUUUGAGGCAAUGAUCAAGAAGAUAAAGAGGUCGAGGAGAUUGCCGGAUAAGUUGGAAGAUGUGCUUGAGGAGAUUAAUGUAGAAGAAGGGAAAGGGAAAGGGAAAAUGAAAAAAGUUUUGGUAUAUCUUAACGACAAACUGAAGUGUGUGAAAGGUAAAAGAAAGUUUUCGAAAGAGUUUGAGGAGUUGGUGUUGGAUUGUCUUUCUACCAAAGAAUCAAAGAGGCCAUCAGUUGUAGAUCUACUGCAGAGACCAUUUUUUCGGAAUGCAAAGAACUUGCAAUGGUUUCAACGCCGCGUGUUGUAUGCAAAGAAUCCAAUGGCUUAUUGCUGAUAUCUGAUGAUGAACGAUUCGUGGAAGAUCAAGAUAAGAGAAAAGGCAAAUUGUUACAUAGAAAUCGUGUCGUACUGUAGUAGUUCAUGUUUUUAGACACUUAAUUGCUGAAAAGGGAAUUACAU